AUGGCGCGAUCGGCAUAUUCCUUCUAUGUUUGCAAUGGUCCCGACCAUGAAAUUCUUUGUGUAGAAGAGUCUGACGAACCUGCGAGAGACCUUGUGGAAAGCAUUCGUCAUGCGCGAGUUGCGGCGAAGUUCUCCCUUAUACUGCCGUAG